AUUUGGGAGUAUAGUUUAUUAUAAGUUGAAUCGUCGAUGAAACCGCGUUGGACGAUGUUGUUAAGGUGUUUAACUCUCUGCCUUUUGGUCCUGGGAGGCUGGGCCGCUGAGGAAGACGUAUUUGAGUGGACGGAUGAUGAUUUCAUUCACGAAUUGGAUCGACAUGAAAAUACUCUCGUCAUGUUUUACGCUCCCUGGUGCGGGCAUUGUAAAAGAUUGAAACCAGAAUAUGCUAAAGCAGCCGAAUUACUUAGGGGCAAUGACCCACCUAUUACAUUGGCUAAAGUAGACUGCACCGAAGCUGGCAAGUCUACGUGUACCAAGUACUCGGUCAGUGGCUAUCCGACCUUAAAGAUAUUCGCUAAAAGUGAUCUCGUCAGUGAUUACAAUGGACCGAGAGAAGCUGCUGGCAUUGCUAAAUACAUGAGGGGACAAGUUGGUCCAGCUUCAAAGGAACUAAUUAAUGAAGAUUGUCUGAAAUCCUUCUUGGAAUCCGACGAUGUGGCAAUUGUUGGAUUCUUUGAAAAAGCAAACUCAAAAUUAGCCGAGUCCUUCCAUGCUGUUGCUAAGAAAUUGAGAGAAAAGGUUCGAUUUGCUCAUACAUCGGCUGCAAGUCUUUUAGAAAAGGAAGGGUUCAAGGACAAUAUUGUUCUCUAUCGACCCAAGAUACUUCAAAACAAAUUUGAACCCAGUAAGGUUGUUUUUGAAGGAGGCAAUACAAUCAGCGAUGUUCAUGAAUUCAUUGUCAAAAACUACUUCGGUAUCGCAGGUAUUCGAACUAGGGACAAUGCAGCUGAGUUUAAAAAUCCAUUGGUUGUGGCGUAUUACAAUGUGGAUUAUGUGAAGAACCCAAAGGGCACAAACUAUUGGCGUAAUCGUAUCAUUAAGAUUGCCAAAGAUUUCUCUCAAUUUAAUUUUGCAGUCGCAUCAAAAGACGACUUCCAACAUGAACUGAACGAAUUUGGAAUCACUUUCACAACGGGUGAUAAACCAAUCGUACUCGCGCGUGACAGCAAAAACCAGAAAUUCAGUCUUAAAGAACAAUUCUCCGUUGAGAACUUUGAAGCUUUCUUGAAAGAUUUGGUAGCUGGAAAUCUUGAACCGUAUGUUAAAUCAGAACCCAUACCUGAAGAUAAUUCAGGUAAUGUCAAGGUUGCCGUCGCACAGAACUUCGAUGAGAUUGUGACGAAUAAUGGCAAAGAUACUUUGAUCGAGUUCUAUGCUCCAUGGUGUGGACACUGUAAAAAAUUAGCUCCCGUCUUUGACGAGUUGGGCGAAAAACUCGCAGAUGAAGACGUCGAGAUUGUGAAGUACGAUAGUACUGCCAAUGAUGUACCACAGCCGUACGAUGUUACAGGAUUCCCAACACUUUAUUGGGCUCCUAAAGAUGCCAAGUCUAGCCCUAUUAGGUACGAGGGAGGAAGAGAGCUUGAUGACUUCAUUAAAUACAUUGCUAAACAUUCCACUGAUGGAUUGAAGAAUUAUGAUCGUAAAGGAAAGCCUAUUAAGGCUCCAACCGACGAGCUGUAAAUUUUGUAGGAAGUGCGUGAGAUCUUCAAUAUGUUGUGAAUUUGAUCUCGUGAUACAAAUUUGGAACGAGAGUCGUAUCAUGUAACUUAGGUUUCAAUAUAUAAGUAUAAUAUUAAGUCUUGUAUAAAGAUACUAAAGACGAGAAUGUAACGAAUCAUUGAAAAAUCACAGUCAAUCUGAUGUCUUUGAAGGGGUGAUGGAAUUUGAGAGCGUGAUGUAAUUAUUUUUUAUUGCUUUACUCUUUAUAUCAAGGUAAUGACAAAUGUAUUUGAAAGUACUUGUUAAAAUGACAGAGACCAAAUUCGAUUUUGGUAAGAGAUUCUGCAUUUUAUUAGAAUAUCGCUAAUAACAAGCCAAUGUUAUUUUGUGAUAUGUCUAUUAAGAAAUUAUGCAAGAAUGCACUCUAGGAACUGACUAAUUUACAAUUACUCAUAAUUGCCUUCCAUGAUUACCAAUAUACGUGUAAUAUUCCAUUCCAACUCAGAUGACUGACGGAUUAUGCAAAAUAUGCUCAUUUUUGUUUGUAAGAAAAGCGCAUAAUAAACUGUUUUAUACUUUA